GAGGAGCUGAUGGAAACAGAUAAGUAAAAGCCCAACUCUUAAAGGACGAACAAGAAGACAGGAUUUGAAGCCGAAAGAGCUAUUUUCCCUUCACUGUUCAGUUGGUGGACAGUGCUAUCGAGAGAGAGCGAGCGAGCGAGAGAGAGAGAGAGAGAGAGAGAGAGAGAGAGAGAGAGAGAGAGAGAGAGAGAUACUUUGGAACACUUAUUAACGAGAGCAGCGUAAAAUAGCCAUUUGUUUGAUCCUGAAUUUUGUCGUGUGUGUAAAAAGAAUGACGGCUGAAGUGCCGCAGGCCUCCGUGCAGACCCCUGCCCACAGCAGCCCCAUGUCGGAGAAACCGCAUGGACAGACGCCUGUGAUGGAGACCACUUCCUCAUCCACCACCAAAACCAAGAAGACGAACGCUGGAAUCCGUCGUCCUGAAAAACCUCCUUACUCUUACAUCGCUCUCAUCGUCAUGGCUAUCCAGAGCUCUCCAACCAAACGACUCACUCUGAGCGAAAUAUACCAGUUCCUUCAGAGUCGCUUCCCAUUUUUCCGAGGGUCGUAUCAAGGCUGGAAAAACUCGGUGCGUCACAAUCUGUCUCUGAACGAGUGCUUUAUUAAGCUGCCCAAGGGUUUGGGCAGGCCCGGGAAGGGGCAUUACUGGACCAUCGACCCGGCCAGUGAGUUCAUGUUUGAGGAAGGAUCUUUCCGCAGGAGGCCGCGGGGAUUCAGGCGCAAAUGUCAGGCGCUAAAACCUUCAAUGUACAGCAUGAUGAACGGGCUAGGAUUCAAUCACAUACCCGAGUCCUAUAACUUUCAGGGGGCAGGCGGGGGCCUGUCUUGUCCUAACAGUUUAUCUUUGGAGAGCGGGAUUGGAAUGAUGAAUGGACAUUUGGCCAGCAAUAUGGAAGGAAUGGGCUUGGCAGGACACUCUAUGUCACAUCUAUCAGCGAACAGUGGACAUUCCUACAUGGGGAAUUGCACAGGAUCCUUGGGGAGCGAGUACCCCCACCACGACAACUCAGCAUCUCCGCUUCUCACCAGUGGAGGAGUUAUGGAGCCCCAUCCCGUGUACUCCAGCACGGCUUCGGCCUGGCCUCCAGCGCCUUCCGCCUCUCUCAACAACGGGGCGCCUUUCAUCAAACAGCAGCCGCUUUCUCCUUGCAACCCCGGUGCCAACCCAGUGCAGCCUAGUUUAUCCACACACUCUCUGGAACACUCCUACAUGCACCAGAACGGUCAUGGCACCACCGACCUUCAAGGUAUUCCCCGCUAUCAUUCCCAGUCUCCCAGCAUGUGUGACAGGAAAGAGUUUGUCUUCUCUUUUAACGCCAUGACCUCUUCAUCGAUGCAUUCACCAGGGAGCAACUCAUACUACCACCACCAGCAGGUCUCCUAUCAGGAUAUCAAACCCUGUGUUAUGUGACAGCAUUUUACUCUAUGCUGCUCGAACGACAGACCCCUAAAAACAUACAUGGAGGCGGAAUGCCCAAAGGAAGAGUGGAGUGGUGAAAUAGAGUGGUCUAAAAGAGAACUCAUAAAGGAAUAAAGCAUUAAGUAAAUUACUAAACAGAAUUUGACAAUGGAACCAAAGUGUUAGAAAAUGACAAACUCAAUACAGGAGCACUCCAGAAAGGCCGUUUAUGUACUUCCAGAGAAGUCAAAAUGGAAUAAUCUCUGCCAAUCUAAUACGGCCCGAUACUAACUCUGCUGGCGGAUGACUACCAAACUCAGAGAUGAAAACACUCCAGUGAUAACAUAUUGUUCUUUAGGAUUAUUUUUUUUAUAUAUAGUUUGUAUGAACGUUUGUCCACAAAAAAAAAACAAAAAAAAAAAAAAAAAAAUCAUUUCGGUUUAAGUCGGUAAUAAGAACGGGAAAUGAAGGCACUUUUAAACCACAAAGCGCAACUUAUUUAUUCUGUUCAAAUGUUUUAUUUUAGGGUACAGUUAUAGGCACAGUAUUGACUGCUUUAUUGGCAAUAUUUGCCCAAUGUAACAGAGGUAAAAUAUAAGCACUGUUUGUUUAUUUGAUUGUGUUUAUUUCGUUGUACAUACCCACAUUGACCCCUUUUAUUCUUCAAGCACUGUAUAAACUGUACAUGGUGUAGGACAUAUAUUUUAGUAGGGGUCCAAUGGCUUUAAAUUUUAGUUAUGUAACACUUAAGUUCAAAGAAAAUGAAAAAAAUGAGUUUGUAAUAACUGUUCAAAACAUGAUUUUUCUAAACACGACAUUGUUUUUGCUUGAUCACUAGCUAUCUGAAGACAUCUUUCAUUUUAGCAUUUACAAUUUCUGCGUCAUUCAUUCAGUAAACAAGUUUAAAAAUGGAAUUUGAAUGAACGGAGUUUAGAUUAAGAAAUAGGCCUACAAAAGAACGCGCAUAUACUUAUUAUAGUGUAUAAUAUUAAAAUAUCAGGAGAAAACAACAACAACAACAAUGUAAUAUUAUUAUUAGGGUACAAAGGGGCUUGUGCUUUUUUCUUGUCACAAGAUUGAAAAAUAAAUGUCUUUUUAUUGAAUAUUGACGGACCAACAUAAUUUGUGUGAAAAGAAAUAAUAACGGAAAGUUGUUUUGAUUAAAAUGAGAAUUAUUUGUAUUAUUAUUAUUGUUAUUAUUGAAAGGUUGCGAGGGAGCCUUUUACCCCACACCUGGUAAAAGGCCCACGGUGGGGUUAAAGUGAUAUUGUGUAUAUGUAAGGACAAUAGUUAUAGAGCAACAUAUGUCAGCUUAGGAAAAUACAAUGUGUUUUAGAGGAGCCUUUAGCCUCUGGGACUUUCACUUAUUGGAAAGUUAUUUCAUUUGUUUUGAUUUAAUCACCGUGAACAAAAGUGAAAUUCAGGGAUUUUCGUUAGCAACAUACAUUUUUAACAUUUAAAAAAUAUUAAAUAUUAGAUCUAAUUACCUUAAAAUCAAACUUUAGACAUUGCACGCAAUUUUCUUAUGGAUCAGAAAAUGUUUCAGUGUACAGUGACAAACAGGUGUUAAGCAAAGUAGCCUACUGCGGUAGGUUUUGUUGCUAUUUGGUGUUUUGUGAGAAAAUAAAAUCAAAGCAUCCUUCUAAUACCUAAUAAUCGUAACCUAUUAUUAUUAUAUUUAUUAUUAGCAUUAUAUUUAUUAUCACUAUUAUUAUUAUAAUGUUAUCGUGGUUGUUCCAUAUUUCAUUCCUGGAUAUUUGUUUGCAUAGCCUACAACUGACACUCUAUUUCAGAAAACAAUCUGGGGUGCGUUUUCCCAAAAUCAUCGUUAGUCAACAUCAACGAGUUCUAAAACGUCACGAGGGCAGCCAUUCAAGGGAUUCGAGGCUGUAAAGAGAAAACGGUUUACCACACACGAUUUCUGUAGGAGAAAACGGCUUUUGUGUGUUUAUGUUAACGCUUAAGUGAAGUUAAUAUGUUUUUGAACAGUGCGCAUGUGCUGAAGUGCGUCAGGGAAAACCGAAUAGGCUAUAGAUGGAAACCCAUUAAUAGCAGCGCAAUGUAUCGGUUGCAGCAGCUUUCUCGCAUUAAACGGCUUUAUGGUGUAGGCCUAUGUGUAAAUGAACUAUAGUAGGCUAAUGUAAUAUUUGCGGGAGUACUUGACCCCCUGAGUAACAUCAUUUACGACACCUAUGUAUUGUUGAUCCAACGUGGUUCAAACGAUAGAUGUUUACUACGAUUAAUGAUGGCAUUUAUACGGUUUUAGAAACAAUCGUGACAACUAUAGUUCAUUUUAACAACGAUGUAUCGUAGGCUACUACAGUGGUUACGCAGUGAGUUGCGUCGUUGUACGGGAAGCGUACCCAGCUGUAAAUGACAAAAACAACAAUUAAACGAAGGCUACUACACCUUUAAAACUAAAAACGUAUAAGUGCAUUUAUUCCACUUGCUUGAAUAUAAUCUUUCAUAUAUUCGGAAACUGAUGCAGAUCAUUCUUUGAGGGAACUAAUGGCUAUUGGUUGAGAGAAAGCUGAAACCCACUGCAAAAUACUCAGACAUUGUUAAAAGACAGUUACGAAAAAAUGUAUUAUUUUAAAAAGUAAACAUGAAUAAUGCGAUAAGACAUAUUAUUAGGUAGCACACGAGUAUAAGCAAUAGCUUAAUAGUGUUAUCCUCUACUCAAAUUCGAAUGAGAAAUACAAUUUUCAAGGAAAGGUGUAAAAAGUGUAGCUAUUGUUCCGAUUAUAAACAAUACCUAUUUAAUUUAAGACCAAUUUCUGUAAUUCAUUAACAAUAGUCUUUUAGCCAUUUAUUAACAUAAUACAUUAUUUUGGUUAAGGUAUUCUACUUUAUUAAAUAAACGUUUCGGUUUGAUAAAACUUUGUUUAAAAAAAAUGCAAAUAAAGAUUAAUCAGUACCUGGGGAGGGCCCAUGUGCUCACUGUUGAACUAUAUGCUUGUUCAACAAAUAUGUACAGGGUAGUCUAAUGUACAGUCAGCAGUCAUUUUCGCCAAAAUAAUCUGCAGCAGGGUGAUGUAGACGGUUUCAUUUGCGAUAAUGAUAUUACACACUGUGCAUUAUCCCGGCUACUUACCAAAUACAAAAUAGAUAAAUAAAUACAAAAUUAUGGAUCUGAACUAGGCUUUUAAUUUGAGUUGAAUUUAUUGAAUCAUUUGGUUUGUGAGAAGAAAGAGGAGCCAUGGGGCUGGUGCAGUCAACAGUAUAUCAUAGCCUGUAGUUUAGUGAUUAUAAUUACACGGCUGAAAUACUAUGUGUCCUUCAAGUGGAGUUAGAUAUAUCUUCAUUAACUGAGUCGAGCACAAGAAUGACCCAGUAAAGUCAUUUAAGAGGGUGAAAUUCGGAAUUCUACAUGAUACAUGAUGAUACAUGUCUACAUGACAGAUGAUAGAAACCAAAGAUUUUGCUAAAUUAUUUUAUCUUGGGCGUAGCAGCCGGACACGUCCCCCGCACUCUUUAAAAAGAUGAUUUUGUCCACCGCACUUUUUAAAGUUCAACCCAUAUCGAAUCCAAAUGGUGGAUUUGUAUACAAUUGUAUUUGGGUUUUGAUACUUUGGGCUGAUUGAGCGACCGACCAUCCAAUCACAGGUGAGUUCCAUGAGCUGAUCCCUUGUGUAAUAGCCCGUCAGUCAGACUGGGCUGCGUUUCCCAAAACGCCUGAGUAGAUCGUUGAAACCAUUGGCGCCAAUGGUCUCAACGAUCAACUUAAGCAUGCCGUGCUUUUGGGAAACGCAGCCCUGCUCUGUUUAUUUCUACAAAGUUGCUUUCAAAAAUGUUCAUUUAUCCUUGUUUUUUAUCGGCAUUGAUGUUGAUCUAAAUGAAUAAUCUAGCGAUGAGGAACACACAAAUUAGAGUUAUUUAUCGGCAUAUAGUUCUUGAUUGGCAGCAUUAAUGCACUACAGAAAAAAAAUUAACAAACAAAUGAUAAGCUAAUUCUUCUUUUAAGCACACUUUGUAAGUGGAAUUUAUAUCAGCGAUUGAGACUUCAUUAGUUAUGCUUUUUAUAUUAUGUUUGUGAGCUAAUAGUUUGAUUGGGUGUUUUUGCCAAUGUAUGCAUAUUACUAGAUCAGUAUUAAAUAUGUAAAGCUAUUUUUAAUAUCAGCUCCUUUUCACCUCUAUGUUGGUGUGCAGUCGACAAACUGUAGGAAAUAAAGAUAGACCUGCUGUGUUCUUAGAACAAUGAAGUGAGUAGAUAUGCGGACACGCUUUUUUAUACAUGAAAACAUACAGAAGAUAUUGAAAAUCUUAAUAAUGUAACAUUAUUAUUGUUGUCCUUUGAUAACAGUCAUGAUUAGCAGCUCUUUUUCUAUUUGUUUUGUUUUUAGAAUGCUUAAAACAUCUACUAAUUCUCUUUGUCUGUAUACAUACAGAAUUGAAAGGAUUACAAUUUUCGUUAAUUCAGAGACUAACUCAUUUCACGCAAGUAUUUGUCACCACCUUCUGGCAUCACCAGAAAUGAUCAUUAAAUCAUUAAAUGGAUCUGAACGAAUUUUGGUGAAUUUGUCAAAACACUCAAUUGGAUACGUUUAAAUCCCACAAUGCUUUAGCACGGAGUAAAAAUAAAAUUGUGCACAUGCACAAUUGUCAUUAUUGUAACUGAUUAAAUAAUUCAUUCAGUCUUAUAUUGUCGUGUUUGAAACAGAAGCAAGUGCUCCACAAGAUGUCUUUAUUUUUGCAGCUAAUUUUGCAAAAUGUUGCAAUUAUUUUGCAAUACUUGAAUCUUUAAAACACUACAAAUACUAAAUGUAUAUAAUAUGUAUAUAUUAAUAUAAUACUUAUAUCAAAUGAUAUAUAAUAUAUACUGUAAUAUAUUAAUACUGCACUGGAUGUGUUGGGUCUGUGUGCCACCUACUGACAGCUGUUACAUGACCCUUUUGAAAAUACUGGUACA